AUGUCUUCAUCUUCGACUUGCCCUUCGACUCGUCCUCCUCUACACACCGUCACCAAUUUCCCGCCACUUCUUUCCCAUCAACACUAUCCACAAAUUCCCUACUCGAUGCAUUCACCAGUUAUCGACACCGCAACAUAUGCAUCGAUGAAUGGCGAACUUCUGAACGGAGAUGUCGCUCAACAAUAUGCCCAACAAAUCACUCUCGGCUUACACCAAGAUAGUACAAGUACUCGUUCUCAUUCGCGCUCCACCGAGGCCAGCGACACAUCGAAUGGGCCAACUCCGCCAGCAGAAAAUUCACAAACAAAUGGCACUCACGCUCAACCAGUGCCCGCAAAUCCAUCGGCUCAUCUUCAAAAUGGAAACGCUCAACAACAACAGAUGAUCUCUCAAAUGCCCCAUCUUGGUAUGGCUCUUCAGCAAGCGACCGGCAUCGAACCACAACAACUCGCUUCCAAUUUCGCAAACUUUAACAAUCCGGAUAUUUUCAACUUCUCGAACAACUCGAUUAUCGGCUAUCCGGUACUCGGCAGAAUGCCGGUUUGUUUUUGCGUUUUU